UCAACAGGUUUUACUCAACUUUUGAGCCAACUCACCGAAGUCGGAUCAGUAGGAAAAGAUCAGUUCCUAAGUAGAUUCGCAAAAAUGAAGAACGCUGGUGGUUAUUACGUGAUCGUAAUAGAAGACCAAAAUUCUGGGAAAGUAAUAGGAAGUGCGACUUUGGUAGUGGAGCAGAAAUUCAUUCACAACUGUGCCUUGCGUGGCAGACUAGAAGACGUCGUUGUGAACACAAACAAUCGAGGACAACAGCUGGGAAAAAUCCUUGUGGCGGCCGUAACUCAUCUCUCUCAUCAGCUAAAAUGUUAUAAAUUAUCGCUCGAUUGUAAAGACAAGUUGAUUCCUUUCUACGAAAGUUUGGGUUUUAAACUAGAACCUGGAAACGCGAAUCAAAUGAACACUCGAUUUCCCGAGAAUCCGGAACAAUCUCACUUAUAAUAGUUUCCAAUCUCUAAGAUCCUUCAUAAUUUAAUACACCUGAAUUUCAAAAUUGUCAAAAUUAAAAGCAAAAAUAACAAUGGGUAAAUGAAAUUAAAUAAAUACUUCCGUUAUAUUUCUCGGCAGAAUGGAAAAAUUGGAAGAGAUUGUAAAAUUCGACGAAAUAUAUAUUUUUUAAGAA